AUGGACGUGUGGGGCCCAGCCCGCGUCCAUGGACAGGGUCACGAGCGCUACUUCCUGCUCGUUGUUGACGACUACUCGCGUUACACCGCGGUCUUCCCCUUGCGCAGCAAAGGUGAUGUCACUGAGGUGCUGAUCGACUGGAUCCGCGCAGCUCGUCUCCAGCUCAGGCAGAGCUUUGGCUCGGACUUUCCUGUUCUGCGUCUGCACUCGGACAGAGGCGGAGAGUUUUCUUCUGGCCUUCUGAGAGCCUACUGUCGCGCACGAGGCAUCCGUCAGACCUUCACGCUUCCGGACUCUCCGCAACAAAAUGGGAUCGCUGAGCGCCGCAUUGGCAUGGUCAUGGACGUCGCUCGUACGUCCAUGAUGCAUGCGGCUGCCCCCCAUUUUCUGUGGCCGUUUGCGGUGAGGUACGCGGCGCAUCAGAUCAACCUCCACCCCAGGGUCUCCAGGCUGGAGACCUCCCCAGCCUUGCUGUGGACGGGAAAGGUUGGCGAUGCGUCGGCGUUCCGAGUCUGGGGAUCUCGGGCGUUUGUCCGCGACUUGUCUGCGGACAAGCUGUCCCCUCGUGCUGCUCCUUGCGUCUUCCUGGGGUUCCCCCCUGACGCGCCUGGGUGUCGGUCCCCUACUACCGCCUCUUCCCCUACCGCACUCCGUCCCUCCCCCCACCCCCGCUCUUCCUUGUCCCAGACGCAGUCGAGCCUGUCGAGGUUACUGGUGACUCUGGUGCUGCUGAGGGUGCUGAGCCAAGGGGGUGCUGCGACUAGGUGUGCUGAGCCUGGGGGUGCUGAGCCUGGGGGUGCUGCGACUGGGGGUGCUGAGCCUGGGGGUGCUGAGCCUGGGGGUGCUGCGACUGGGGGUGCUGAGCCUGGGGGUGCUGAGCCUGAGGGUGCUGCGAUUGGGGGUACUGAGCCUGGGGGUGCUGAGCCUAGGGGUGUUGCGACUGAGGGUGCUGAGCCUGGAGGUGCUACGUCUGGGGGUCUUCCGGGGGCUUCGUCUCGCCGGGAGCCACUCUCUCCCCCGGAGCUGCGCGAGUGGUUUGCACGCCGCUGGAGGCCUGCUGCUGGAGCUGGAGGCUCUUCGACUGCUGAUGGUGCUGGUGCCGCGGGUCCCGGAGGUGCUCGUACUGGGAGUACUAGAGCUGCUGGGCCUGCGGGUUCGACUAGAUCUGGUGCUUCUGCGGGCGUUGGAGCUGAGUCUACUGCCCGCGGUCCUGCUGGGGGUACUACUGGUGCUGGUGGAGGUUCUGGAGCAGUUGGAGGUGCUGCUGGAGGUUCUGGAGCUGCUGGAGGUGCUGCUGGAGGUUUUGGAGCUGCUGGAGGUGCUGCUGGAGCGGGUGCUCCUUCUGGGGGUAUUAGUGCUGUCCCUGCUGUCCUCCUCCUUCUUUAG